AUACAUAAUGGGCUGCUGACAGUGAGGUAAAUCAGUAUUUUUAAACAAGUCAGACAGUUUCCCAGAUGAGUAUGUAUUGGCUGGGUUAGUAUGAUGAGUAUGAGUAUGCAUUGGCUGCUCCGAGUAAAUGUCACUAAAUAAGGCCGGCAGAUGAUUAUUCACUGCACUCCGAGAAUCGAGCAUGUGUUAGACCAAUCCCCGCUCAGCGUUUCCGAUCACCCACGAGUUGGAGAGCCAGAAGAAAGGCGGAUGUCAUGAGUCAGUGGAGCGCCGAUGCCUGGGCUUGAGGAUGCGCGGUGACACCCUCCCAUUUCGCGUGGAUUGACUCCGUCCAAAACCCCACCGGGCAGGUGGUUGCAGGCACACGCGAUGCAAAACAUCUGCUGUCUGAGCAAACAAUCCGAAUUCAGCAACCAGUCAAUCGGUCUCGUAACUGCCGUCGCUCUGGAGGCGUUUAUUCUCGACCAGAAGCGGUGCAUGCGGGCGUAAUGCGGUGAGGCGAUUCUACUUGGAGGGCUGCCGCGAUAACGGGACUGCUCCGUCUGCGGCUUUUUUUUAAAGACACAAGAAACUGAGCGGUUUUUUUGUUCCUCGGGUAGAUUGUUGUCUUAUUUUUUAUGGAUUUUCCCCGCUCUGGGUGUCGUGGAUGUUUCUUGAAGGGCAUCUAUGAAUGCUAUGAAUAACUACCAACUCUAUAUUAAUAGAUAUUUGGGUCAUUCUUUUACCAUCUUGAUGCAGAGGAUCGCUUUACUUCAGAUGCCCCGAGGGUUUCUUGUGGCGUGAAAUAUAUGCGUCUGUCAUCCCCGCAAAGGGAUACACCACACAAGGGUCGCUGGACAGACACUCAACCCAGAUGGAGACCCUACUGGUCUACCUGAUGCUGUUCAUCACGGCCGUCAGGGCACACAAGGACCAGGUGUGCCCGAAACGGUGCGUCUGCCAGGUCCUCAACCCCAACCUGGCAACCCUGUGCGACAAGAAGGGGCUUCUGUUCGUGCCGCCCAACAUCAACCGGCGCACCGCGGAGCUGCGGCUGGGCGACAACUUCAUCACCGGCGUCAAGCGCCGCGACUUCGCCAACAUGACCAAGCUGGUGGACCUGACGCUGUCGCGGAACACCAUCAGCGCCAUCGUGCCGCAUGCCUUCAACGACCUGGAGAACCUGCGCGCGCUGCACCUGGACAGCAACCGCAUCACGCGCAUCACCAACGACACCUUCAGCGGCAUGUCCAAGCUGCACCACCUCAUCCUCAACAACAACCAGCUCACCUUCAUCCACCUGGAGGCCUUCAACGACCUGCAGGCCCUGGAGGAGCUGGACCUGAGCUACAACAACCUGGAGAGCGUGCCGUGGGUGGCGGUGCAGCGCAUGGGCAGCCUGCACACCCUGGGCCUGGACCACAACAUGAUCGCCUUCAUCCCCGAGGGCACUUUCACCGGCCUGCUGAAGCUCAAGCGCCUGGACGUCACCUCCAACAAGCUCCAGAAGCUUCCGCCCGACCCCGUGUUCCAGCGCGCGGGGGUGCUGGCCACGUCGGGGUCGAUGGGCCCGCUGUCGUUCGCGCUGAGCUUCGGGGGGAACCCGCUGCGCUGCAACUGCGAGCUGCUGUGGCUGCGGCGGCUGCAGCGCGAGGACGACCUGGAGACGUGCGCCACGCCGCAGCACCUGGCCGGGCGCUACUUCUGGACGGUCUCCGAGGAGGAGUUCCUGUGCGAGCCGCCGCUCAUCACGCGCCACUCGCCGCCCACCCGCGCCCUGGAGGGCCAGCGCAUCCCGCUCCGCUGCAAGGCCCGCGGCGACCCCGACCCCGUCAUCCACUGGAUCGCCCCCGACGGGCGCCUGGUGUCCAACUCGUCGCGCGCCGUGGUGCUGGGCGACGGCACCCUGGACAUCCUCAUCAGCACCGUGAAGGACUCGGGCUCCUUCACCUGCGUGGCGUCCAACCCGUCCGGCGACGCCCAGCAGAACGUGGAGCUCCUGAUCGCCAAGCUGCCGCACAUCUCCAACGACACCAGCCUGGUGCUGGAGCCCGCCGACCCAGGCUCCUCCGACAUCGCCACCUCCACCAGAACCGGGCCGGAAGGGACCACGGGCGGCGCCAAGGCCGGCUCCGAGAAGCGGGUGAUGAUCACCGAAGCCACGUCCUCUUCCGCGCUCGUCAAGUUCAACUUCCAGAGGAGCAUCCCAGGGAUCCGCAUGUUCCAGAUCCAGUACAACGGCACCUACGACGACUCCCUGGUCUACAGGAUGAUCCCUCCGACCAGUAAGAACAUCCUGGUGAACAACCUGGCGGCGGGCACCACGUACGACCUGUGUGUGCUGGCGAUCUACGACGACGCCAUGACGACGCUGACGGCGACGCGCGUGGUGGGCUGCGUGCGCUUCGCCACCGACCCACAGCACCUGCGCUGCCACUUCAUGCAGUCGCAGUUCCUGGGCGGCACCAUCGUGGUCAUCAUCGGCGGCGUCAUCGUGGCCUCCGUGCUGUCCUUCAUCAUCUUCCUCAUCGUGCGCUACCGCGUGUGCCAGCAGGGGGGCGAGGACAAGGGCCUGGAGAUGGGCGACAUCCGCUCCCCGUCGCGCAGCGAGCAGCUGGGGUGUGCCCUCAUCAAGUCCGUCUCCAAGCAGAUGUUGGGUCAGGACCGCGAUGGAAAGUGCCGGAAGGUCUCCCCCCAGCCCGAGGCUCCGGCCGCGGCCCCCGUCACUGCCCCGCCGCGCCCCUCCAAGCCGGCGCUGCCCGACUGCACCGUCACCACGGCCGGCGCCGGUCACAGCUGGCACCCCGCGUCUCCCAGCCCGAUGCGCUGCAAGCGCGCCCCCGCCCCGCCGUCCUCGUCCUCUUCCUCCUCCGCCACUGCCGCGCGCCAGCCUGACGUCCAGAUCGACGCGGAGCUGGACAACGCCAACAGGAACAACUCGGCGUGCCCGCGGCCGCUCUCGCUGCUGUCGUCCCACCCGCACCGCGCGGCCGUGCGCCUGUGCUCCACCAUGGUGCGUGUGCCGCGGCGGCCGCACCCCGAGGCGAUGCUCAGCUACCAGACGCUGCCGGUGGGGUGCGUGCGCGUCAGCCGCAGACACUCGCUCAACGUGGACGCCGCCGCCUGCCGCGCUACCACGCCGCGCUACGUCACGCUGCCACACUCCCCCCAGCCACCAGGGGGCAGCCUGCGCUCCAAGAGGAGCCUGUCCAUGAGCGGGGACCUGCCCCACAUGAAGAGCACGGAGCAGCUGCUGGGGGCCGAGGGGGGGCCCCUCUCCAAAUCCGAGUGGAUGCUUGAAAGUACUCUAUGAUGGAGGCCGCUCCCUUCUCCGCGGUCCUCUUUUUUUUGGUUCCACACUCGGUUCCCC